GAGAAAAAAACUGCCUGCUGGCGUCUGACGACACAGUUAAAAAUGCAGUACUGGAAUGGGAUGGGGACACUUCACAUGUGCUGGUGUUUUGAUUGAAGGCAGGAAGCAGGACGCUUGUGAAGGGUUGACAGACGAACUUUAAACGACAAGUCUUCUCGCCAUCAUGAAGUUAAACGAGAGAAGUGUGGCGCAUUACGCCACGUGCAACUCUCCUCCAGACAAGACGGGCUUCCUCUUUAAGAAAGGGGAACGGAACACAGCAUACCACCGUCGCUGGUUCAUUCUGAAGGGCAACAUGCUCUUCUACUUCGAGGACAAGGAAAGUCGAGAGCCGAUCGGAGUCAUCGUCCUCGAGGGGUGUACAGUGGAACUCUGCGAGUCUGAAUCCGAAGAGUUCGCUUUCGCAAUUAAAUUUGACUGCACCAAAGCAAGGAUGUACAAGAUGGCCGCAGAGAGCCAGGCUGCUAUGGAGUCUUGGGUCAAAGCUCUGUCACGAGCGAGUUUCGAUUACAUGCGGCUGGUCGUGAAUGAGUUGGAGAGGCAGCUGGAGGAGGUACAAGAAGCAAGAUCUUCACAGGGGAAAAAUAGGGCAAAGAAACACCAGCCACAAAUGCUGGGAGGAGCAACGACAGGCUUCCAAAUUGCUGCUCCAUCCAUCCAGAAUGCUGCCAUAACAGGUCCUUCACAACUUGGUGGACAAAUGGAAGAGGGGUUGUCUGCUUUAGGGAGUUCUACUAGGGAGAACGGGGUGUCUUGGAGCAAGCCCACCAGUAUGGCUGAUGGUGUCAGCGAGGGUUGCAUCUGGGAUGGGGACUGCAGUGGGAGAGGCGAUGGAGUCAGACCACCUCCGGUUCCUCCGCGGAGGAAGACCAACGGCGGGUCACUGGAGAGCCCAGUUUCACCCGGCACAGAGUGUUUCUCCAAACUACAUGAAUGGUAUGGUAAAGAGGUGGCUGAACUUCGAAUAGAGUGGCUUAAGAGCCACUCUGGAGCUACUAGAGUGGCUUCAGAUGCACCCAAGCCUUGAAAGUGGAGGGCAACAUCUGCAAGAGACCUGACCCAAAAUAUCAAAUCCCACACAUAAUGGUGGGUUUAACACCCACAGUUGUUUAAUACCCUUUCUGGGAAUAUAGAUGUAUCAGAAUCACUUGUUCCCUGUUAUAGGUGGACAGAUUGUUUUUGGAUAUUUUAAACAAGACCAAGCUAUUUUUUUUAAAGGAAUGGUUUUGGCACAAAUUCAAAAUCUGCCAGUUACUUACCCUCAUGAUGUUCCAAACCCAUAUAACUUACUUUCUUCUGUGGAAAACACACUCACACACACACACACACACACACACACACACACACACACACAUAUUGUUUUGUUUUAUUAUGGAGCUGUCCAGCUUAAAAAGAGCACUAUAAAAGUUGCCCUAUAUUCCAAGUCAUAUUAUGGCUUUGUGUGAUUCAUUUAGUUUUUUGCUCAGUAGACACAGUCCCCGUUAUAAAAAUACAGCACACUGGACAUUUUACAGUUUUUCCGUGUUCCACGAAAGAAGGAAAGUCUAUAUGGGUUUGGAAAAACAUGAGAGUGAGUAAAGGAUGACAGAAUUCUUCCUUUAAAUCCUUGCACUUAACUUUAUUUUGGGAUUUUCCUAACCUCAUGUUGAAGUGUCAUUAUGUUACUUGUCAUUUCCUUUUCAUUUUUGUUUUAUUUAAUUUUAUUUUCCACUACAACAUUGGGAGUUUCCUUUUCAUUCUUGAUAAAAAGAACAUCCAUGUUUUCGGUAUCAAAAACACCAUGAAUGUUACAUUAAAGGAAUAUUCCGGGUUCAAUACAAGUUAAGCCCAGUCAACAGCAUUUGAGGCAUAAUGUUAAUUACAACAACAACAACAAAAAAUUGACUCGUCACUCUUUUAAAAAAUACAAAAACCUUGGUUACAAUUAGGCUAAAAUAUAGCCAUGAGGUAAACAAUAUGUGUGUUAACUAGGGGUGGGUAAAAAUAUACAUUUCCUGAUGCAUCCUGAUCUUCAUUUGUACGAUCUCGAUAUCGAUUCUUCAAUCCCAAGAUCGAUCUUUUACUCUAGGCGCAACCCUCCAUUACAGUGAGAGGAAAUCACUCGGAUUUGCUACCAAAUUUCUCACUAUUUGACUAUAUAUAUAUAUAUAUAUAUAUAUAUAUAUAUAUAUAUAUAUACACACAGUACUGUGCAAAAGUUUUAGGCACUUGCAAAAAAAAUUGCAUAGUGAGAUUGUCUUCAAAAAUAAUGACAUAAAUAGUUUUCAUUUAUCAGUUAACAUCAUACAAAGUCCAUUAAACAUAAAAAAGGCUAAAUCAAUAUUUGGUGUGACCACAUUUGCCUUCAAAACAGCACCAAUACUCCUAGGUACACCUGGACACAGUUUUUCUUGGUUGUUGGCAGAUAGGAUGUUCCAAGCUUCUUGGAGAAUUCGCCACAGUUCUUCUAUAUAUUUAGGCCUUCUCAAUUGCUUCUGUCUCUUCUUGUAAUCCCAGACUGACUCAGUGUUCAGUGGGGGGCUCUGUGAGGGCCAUGCCAUCUGUUGCAGGGCUCCUUGUUCUUCUAUUCUAGUCAGUUAGCAGAAUGAAUGGUUGGGAGUCUAAAAUGUAUAAUUCCUAUUGACACACAAAAUGUAAUAAUAGCACAGAUGAGACAAAUCCAUUUGAGUCAUCUCAUGCCCUAAUUUAAAGCUGCUGUUUACAGAAAUACCGGGUUUCCUCAGAGACGGUAAAAGUACCGGUUUUUAGUGUUCAACAAAACAAUGUAAAAUGUACAAAUUAUGCAACUAAACAAACAACUAAUCAAAUAUAUGCAAUAUAAUGUGAUAUUUAUUGAUUAAAUUGAUUUGUUUAUUUUUAUUUAGCUAAAAUGAUGAAAAACGAAUCAAAUAUAAUUAGUAAUAUUCAUAUUUCCAUAUUGUAGGGGAUAAAAAGUCCCCUGUAUCAUUAACAGCAUUAGCUGGGAGAGAAUGUCUUUCAUAUAAUGGCAGCCAUAUCACUUGCCUGGUUGCCCACUAAUGCUAAGCAGGGUUGAGCCUGGCCAGUACCUGGAUGGGAGUUGAUUGGCCCCUAUCUAUCAUGGCCUUGUAUUAAUCUCCAUCCCUGAAUUGGCUACAUCACUCUACUCUCUCCUCCCCACCAAUAGCUGGUGUGUUGUGGGCGUUCUGGCGCACUAUGUCUGCUGUCGCAUCAUCAUCCCUAUGCUAUGUAAAGUGCUUUGAGUGCCUAGAAAAGCGCUACAUAAAUGUAAGGAAUUAUUAUUAUUAUUGUAUGUAAGCAAAAGGAACAAUCAAACUGAAAAAUAUCCAUAUGACUCAAUAUCAAAUCGGAAUCGAAUCGGGAAAUUUGUACACAGCCCUAAUGUUAACCAGGGUCAAAAAUGUCACCAAAAAUGCCCCCGAAAUUCCAAAAGUUAUACAUAUGGCAUAAAAAUUUUGAUUUCGUUGUUAGGGUAAGCGGUAAUAAAUAUUCAAUCUUCCCAAUUUGUAUUUAUGAAUUGAUUAAAUUGAUGUAUUUGACAUAAAUGAAUGAGACACAGUUUAUGUUUUAAAUGGUGAUAAAAAAAUAUGCCCUCAUAAAGGUAAAAAAAUGCCUCUUAAUGCAAGUUAAUGGUGUUAACAAUAUUUUAGUGUGAUAUUAUCGCUUGCUAACCUGUUCUGUGUAUAUCUGUGUGAAGUUAUAUUCUGUUUAAAGUUAUAUAUAUAUAUAUACCUUUUCUGUAUAGUUAUAAGUUAUUAAAUUAUUAUUUUACAACUUGUACGACGACGAAAUGCCAUAAACACUGUAUUAUGUCUAGAGCAGUAGUCUGCUGCAAAAAUGACAAUUUAAACAACUUUACAGCAGUUAAUAAUUAAUCUAAGUGCUUUUAUUAAAUUAUAAACUUCACCUUUUUGCCUUUAACCCUCCAAAAAUUGACCCCACUCACUGUAACCUUGAUUUGUGCUUUUCUUUUUUUUCUUUCUUUUUUUUUUUUAUUUAAGAAAAGGUGAAAUGAGUCGAAAGUUUUUUUUUUUAUGGUAAUCAACAUUGUCACAAAUGCUGUGGAUUGAGCUAACUUGUAUUGAACCCGGAAUAUUCCUUUAAGAUGCCAAAGCUGGUCUAUGGCAAAUGUAAUAAAAAUAAAAAAAAUAUUUCAUAAAAUAAAAAAUAAUAACAAAAAAAAUUAAAAAAAACAUUUUGAAUUUCAGCACAAAAAUUUGCAAUAUUAAUAACAUUUUAAGCAAAUGUCUUGGUGUAAUUAAAGAAAAUUCAAUCAAACCUGCCAAUUCAUAAAUGUCAAAAUUGAUUUUAAUUUUAAAGUAUGUAAUAUUGUCUGAGACAAUGGACCUAACUAGCCAGCUAACAUAUUAUCUACCUACGGUAGAUAGAUCGUUUUCUUUUUCUGAGCAGCUGCAAUAUACAAUGCUAUUAAUUUUCAGGCAAAGUUUGCUGUGCUAAAACUUAUAUUAUUGUCCUUGCCAAUAAGUCAAUGCUUUGCCUUGCUUUAUAAAACUGACCAUCAUCCUGUGACCAACUUUUAAUACAUUGUAGAAGAUACACAGACAGAUCGGAUUAAUGGCUUUUUGUAAAAAUGCUUUGAGGUUUUUAAUGGUCAGGAUUCAUGAUGAACUGGUACGAUUUAAACUAGGACAUUCUGUGCAAUCCUACAAUCAUGUUUUGGGAGAUAUUAGACACUAAGUGGCAUCCUAUACAGGCCAAGUACCUUCACAUACAGUACGCAGUACCUUCUGGUUAUUUAUAAAACAGGUAGAUGCCAUAAUAAAAGUAGCAUGCUAAAGCAAAUAAGAUGGUUUUCAUAUUAACAGUUUUUGUAUUAACAAUAUUGUGUUGAUUGUUUAAUUACACAAGUUUACUAUAGUGUGUAUUCAGUAAUUCUACUGACUGACUGUAAUGGCCACCUCUGAAUAUUUGGUAAAUACAGGCAUUUCAAUUAAAUAUGGUAAAAUAUAUAAGACUGAAUUUGAAGAAAAAUAAAUAAAUAAGAAUGUUA